AUGGGAUCUCCUCAGAAGAAGAAGGGCGGAGCUGCCAACGUUGGGGGACCGCGUCAGGCUGCGUUGCGCUCGUCGGAGAGUCCAGAUCUUGCCCAGAAUACAGCAUCAGGUAAUGCGAGCCAGGGAGCAGGAACGGAUGACGCAGAUUCUGUCCCGACAGUAUGCACGAAUUGCCAGACGAGGAACACCCCUCUGUGGAGACGCGAUCCCGAAGGGCAGCCACUGUGCAAUGCAUGUGGUUUAUUCUAUAAACUACAUGGUGUCACUCGACCGCUAUCGCUCAAAACAGACGUCAUUAAGAAGAGAAAUCGAGCAUCGGGUGCAGUCAAUGCGACGCGCAAAAGCGCGCCUUCAUUACCAAAGAUUGCCUCAUCUUCAACUCGUCCCCGGAGCUCAACAACAGGAAGUGCAACCUCGGGACCUGGUCGGGGAGGAGCUAGCGGGACGACGUCGGCGAAUUCGUCGCUGGCAAUGAAGCGACAGCGCCGAACGUCAGACACCACGCCGACGCAGAGUCGUUGA